AUUUAUUUCCUGUGUUGGUAAGCGCGCGCAUUCGCUUUUGACGUAACAGCGAACAGCUGAUUGCAGCGGCAGACAAACGGCGAAAAACACGAUGCGUAUCCCAGGAGCACUCUAUGCGGCACGUGGGCGCAAGCCACAAAACGAAAAGGAUGUGCCAUUUCAGGAGAUACUGCCGCUGCGCCUGAAGAACACGGUCAGCGGCAAGGCAGACUCUGGCUCCGAUGUCGCAUGCCUGCAGGAGAUGGGUGUGCUGUUUGCCUGCCUCAAGGACAACGAGUUCGUGGAGAAGUACUGCCACAAGGAGAUUAGUCAAUUUCAGAAAUGCUACAAAUUCUACAUGGAUCGCAAGUUCGAGGCGAAACAGACGGUCAACCAGGGCAUUGUGCAACCCGGCAACAAUCUGAACUACAAACAGUUAAACAAAUACAUGAGACGCUUUCCCAAUCCACAAUAGUUCGUCAAUAGUGGUGCCCAAUGAUUUGUUACGCAUUUUAAUACAUAUGCAAAUUA